GAGCUUAAUGGACUCUGGAAGUGACGGUGUUAGGUGGACUCUGCAGCACGUGAAGAGUUGCCAGUUGUUAUGGGAUUUAAAAGAGAAAAAAAAUCUGUAGUGGCUACAGGGUUAUCCUAUGAUGAGGCUUUUGCUAUGGCUAAUGACCCCUUGGAAGGCUUCCAUGAAGUAAACCUUGCUUCACCUACUUCUCCAGACCUUCUUGGUGUGUAUGAACCAGGAACUCAAGAGCAGACUACCUCACCAAGUGUCAUCUACCGGCCACAUCCUUCAGCUUUAUGCUCCGCCCCUAUCCAGGCUAAUGCCUUAGAUGUUUCCGACCUUCCUACACAACCUGUGUAUUCAUCUCCCAGACGUUUAAAUUGUGUGGAAACGUCUAGUGUCAGCAUCCAUGUUACAGACCCAGCAUCUUGUUCUACCUCCGGAGUCACAGCUGGGUUAACUAAAUUAACUACAAGAAAGGACAACUGUAAUGCAGAGCGGGAGUUUUUACAGGGUGCUACUAUAACAGAGGCUUGUGAUGGCAGUGAUGAUUUUUUUGGGUUGAGUACUGAUAGUCUGUCCCGCUUACGAAGCCCAUCUGUUUUGGAAGUCAGAGAAAAGGGCUAUGAAAGAUUAAAAGAAGAACUUGCAAAAGCUCAGAGGGAACUGAAGUUAAAAGAUGAAGAGUGUGAGAGGCUUUCUAAAGUACGAGAUCAACUUGGACAGGAAUUGGAGGAACUCACAGCUAGUCUAUUUGAGGAAGCUCAUAAGAUGGUGAGAGAAGCAAAUGUCAAGCAGGCAACAGCAGAAAAACAGCUAAAAGAAGCACAAGGAAAAAUUGAUGUACUUCAAGCUGAAGUAGCUGCAUUGAAGACACUUGUAUUGUCCAGUUCUCCAACAUCACCUACACAAGAGCCUCUGCCAGGUGGAAAAACACAUUUUAAAAAGGGGCAUACAAGAAAUAAAAGUACAAGCAGUGCUAUGAGUGGCAGUCAUCAGGACCUCAGUGUGAUACAGCCAAUUGUAAAAGACUGCAAAGAGGCUGACUUAUCCCUGUAUAAUGAAUUCAGAUCUUGGAAGGAUGAGCCCACAAUGGACAGAACAUGUCCUUUCUUAGACAAAAUCUAUCAGGAAGAUAUCUUUCCAUGUUUAACUUUCUCCAAAAGUGAGUUGGCUUCGGCUGUUCUGGAGGCUGUGGAAAACAAUACUCUAAGCAUUGAACCACUGGGAUUACAACCUGUUCGAUUUGUGAAAGCAUCUGCAGUUGAAUGUGGAGGACCAAAUACGGCUCUUGUGGAUGAGAUUAUCCAGAAAUCACUAAACGAAUGGCACAGCGCUCUAGGAAUUUUGUGGAAGGCAAGAUCAUUCCACUGGUGGUGAUCAGGGACUAUUCUCGGAUGGAAUUUGAUUUGAUCUGGGCUUUUGAAGCAUGGGUGGAAUUGGGGAGAUAAAGAACAGAUAAAGAAAACAGUGUAUUCAGAUGAUGGUGAGUAUAUGGAGAGGGAAGAUGUGGGGGAAAAGGAGUUAGAAGUGACUGAUUAGAGGGAUGAUGUGAACUUUUGGAAAUUAAUAGGAAGGACUCUGGUUUUGGGAACAAGGUGAUAGGUCUAUAUUUAGACAUGCUGACAUCCCCAAGUGAAAAUUUGAAUCAUGGGACUACAGCUGUUAACGGCAUACUGAGGUAGUAUAGCAUGUUAAAAAAACCAUUGGAGUUAGAGGUCAGAAGACUUAGUGUUGAAUCCUAGCUCAAAUAAAAAUAUAUUGGCUUUAGAAAUGAGUUAACUUAAACACUUUUUUUGUUAUUUUGAAAGUUGAUACUUAAAACCACUUUACCUGAACCCUUUCAAAAUUAGAAAAAUAGUAGACAAAUAGGUAUACGUCUGCUUCCAGAAGAGUAGUGUAAAGGUGAUUUUUAUUGGUUCGGUUACUUUUUCUCUUGUGUAAAUUAUAUUUAAAAUAGCAUAGUUCUGAGGACUUUUAACACUUGUGCCUUAAAUUUCUUGAUUGUCUAUCCCCCCUAAGCUGGUAGUUAGUGCUUUUAAAUGU